CAGGUUUCGAGUGAGGUCUGACAGACUGCUCGAGCUCUUCAUCGAUGCGUUACGUACGUCCAAGUCGGCCGAUCGUGCCCGGUACUUCUGCACGAUGUCCAGAAAAUAUCUCAAUUGAUUGCAUUAUUGUGAUGCAGUCUCAGACUGUCUCGAGCAAAUACCGUUACUCUCGGGAAUCGUAGUGUCUUCCUCACAGCUGCUUGAGUAUCCAUAGCCCUAGCGCGGUUCUUGGCAGUCAAGUUCAAUGAGUGUAAGGGCCCAAUCAAGAUGGGCUGCCGCCAACAUAACAACGCGCGAGAUGAUCUGCCUCCGGAUCUGCACGCACGGCCCCACCCUGCAUCUCAAAUAGAUAUGGCCCGCGACGUUUCCCUCUUCGUGUCUUCUUUCACCUCCACCGGCCACUUUUUCGUUUUCUCGCUUUCGUUCUCGCGCUAGCCGCAGACGCUGCAGUCUCGUGUUUUUACUACUUACUUCUUAGCUACAGCCUUUCUCCACCCACCACCGCCUCUUCCCUCCCUCUCCCUUUUCUUUUCGUUCUCCCCCCUCCUCUCCCCUCCACCUUCGUUUCCGGCCAUGCAAUUCCGCCUCGUCUUGACGCUCCUCGCCGUGGCCGCAUCGUGCGCCGCGGUCCCGAUCCCGGAAGUCCGCGCCGUCUCGCCGUACGAGACGCGCUUCAUCGAACGCACGCCCAAGGGCCUCAACCGGCUGCGCAGGAGUGCUGCAGGGCUCGUUUCAAGGAUACCCGGUGUCGCGGCGGUCAGGCGGGAAGAAAAGGACGACAUAUUCCUUGCGAGGGCACUUGAGGACCCCAUAUUUGCCUCGGCGCAGGACUUUGUUGCGCGCCGAUAGGAGCUGCCGGUGUCGUGCUCAGUGCUCACCAUGACGAAUAACGACUGAACGAACACAGCUUUAUCUAAAACAGACACUGCAUACCUAUAUGUAUGUAUGUACGCAGCAGCAGGCGGUCCCGGGCGGUGGCCUCUCUCUCUCCCUCUCCCUCUCCUUCCGUAGCCUCGCGUUGCGGACUUUCGUCGGGGCGCUUCGUUGUCAACCACUUCGACUUGCCGCGCGCGGCCCGUGUUUACCGCAGUUGGACUUUAUAGCCAUGCCAUAGCAAGGGAGUCGAGCGGACCCUGCAUCUACCACCGGAACAGCGCUAUAAUGUGGUUGGUUAUUAUACAUACAGUAUCUACAUAUUUCGUAAUGCGGACAAUCAAUGGCAAGUGCAUACCCUCAAUACACCCUUGGAUGCGAGC